AUGGUCAUCCAUGCGCGUUCAGGCGUACGCUACAAAAUUGUGGGAAUGAUGCAAGGGAAUUAUCGGCACGACCACGGUUAUUCGUUCGCAUUACCGGUGCAAGGAAACGAGACGCGUGGAAAUGCAGGAAGCGAGGAAGCAGAGUAUAUUGUGCAGUAUUUUACGGGAAGCGAGAGGGUGCUAGAAAAUGCGAUAGUAUAA